AUGGAUAUAGCAUACGACCACAUCCAAGAGGAGAUCCUCUCCUCCAACGACACCAAGAAGGAGGGAACCUCGCAAGACGAGAACAAAACACCGCAGCAGUCAAACGUCGACCUGAACGCCGAGCUGCAGGAAACCUUCCGCGCCUUCUCCGCGAGCCCAUGGGGCAUGCGCAUUGGCGGCCUGUGGGACAACGUUCGCAAACAGGGAGAGACUUACUACGAAGGUGCGAAGCAGGAGUAUGCCGCGGCCAGCGAGGAAGCCGCCAAGGGCUUCUCGGACUUGAAGCAGAGUCUCGUGGGGCGCACGCGGGGUCUGUCUCUGAGCACGGCGUUUAAUGCCGGUGCCACGGAUAAGGCGGCUGAGGGAGAGACAGCUGCUACGCCGGAGGCGUCUCGAUCGGUGGAUGCUCAGGGGGAGUCGAGCGUCGGAGAGGGCUUCCUGUCGAGGUUUAAGGCGGAAGCUGCUAGACGGUUGAAGGAAAUUGAGAAGGCAGAGGAAGCUGCUGACGAGGCUAUUAUGCGGUUUGGAAUGAAUAUUGGGCAGAAGUUGCGCGAUGCGGUUAGCAUUGUUCCUCCGGAGUCGGAUUCCAGCAAGCUCCUUUUUGAGAGUAAGGAUGCGGAGGGCAAGAGGGUUAUCCAUGCUACUCGGUUCGAGGCUCAGUUGCAUGUUAUUCAUUCCAAUAUGGAGAGCUUCACUAAGGACCCGGUGAGCGAUGAGUGGCCUUCGUUCAAGGAGAAGUUCAAUGUGGACAAUAAGACCACUGAAAUCGCUGCCGAUCUUGAGAAGUACCCUGAGUUGCGGUCUGCCAUGGAGAAGCUGGUGCCUGAGCAGGUUGAUUAUGCAAGCUUCUGGUGUCGUUACUAUUUCCUCCGACUCGUCAUUGAGACUGAAGAGCAGAAGCGCAAGGAGCUUCUUAAGGGCGCCAAUGUUAGCGACGAGGAGGAGGUUGGCUGGGAUGAUGACUCCGAUGAUGAUACUGAUUCGCCGUCUACUCCUCAAGCUAAAGUUGACACCAACAAGGCCAACGUCGCCCAGGGCUCUGCCACCGCUGCUCCCGAUAUCAAAGCAUUGAAACCCAAUGAACCUCGCAAGUCUAACGACCAGCAAUCUCAACCUGACAGUGAAUCCAGCUAUGAUUUGGUCAGUGGUGCCACCAGCCGAGCUCCUGCAAGCCCCAAGGAGAAAGCAAAGGAUGACGACAGCGAUGAUGACUGGGAGUAA